GCUCCAGGCAGUGAUGGAAAAUGAGACCCCAAAAGUGUCAGCGUGGUCCCAGAGGGAGAGCGACACCCUGGGUAGGGAGUUCAGGGAAGCCCUUUCCGAAGAAGCUGUCCCUCCAAUCAACCCUUGGGCGCAGGUGGCGGGAAUCCGGCGUCCAGCGGAGGAGCCCCGGCCUUGGGGGCGGGCCCAGGGCCGCUCGAAUCCAGCUGGCAGGUGCGGGGGGCGGUGCCCAGCCCUGCCCCCGGGGGACGUUCUUGGAGGCCAGAGGCGGGUCAAAGAAGAGUGCUGGCGACGCCUUAGAACCUCGGGCGGCGGCUGCAGCUACAGGUACUGCGCAGGUCACCACGUCCUACCUAUCUGGGCAUCUCAAUCCCGGCCCGGAGAACUGAAAUUUUCCGAGUGCGCCUAACUCGGAACAUCCAGGCCCCCGCGCCCGAGAGCAGAGUCCUAGGGUCACCUGAAUCUUAGGGCUACGUGCUCCGGGAGCCGCAGAGCCAGGGCACCGAGGGCUGCCGGGGAGGCAGUGAGGUCCUGGAAACCUCUGGAGCGGAGGACUUGAAGACCUCGGAGCCAGAGAGCCAGGUCCCGCAGGUACCAGUUGAGCAGGACACAGAAAGCCUGGACGGUCCCUAGCUGGGCCGCCUGGCACUCGGAUAACGGAGGUACUGGGGCAGUGUCCCUCUCUCGACUCGGAAACCUCCCGGUGUGUUUUCCACCGAGGCCCGCGGCAUCUCACCUGGCGCCUGCGGAACUGCUGAUGGAGACGCCCAUCCAGCGCGAAAUCCGCCGCAGCUGCGAGCGCGAGGAGAGCCUGCGCCGGAGCCGGGGUCUGAGUCCCGGCCGUGCCGGCGAGGAACUCAUCGAGUUGCGCGUGAGGCCGGUGCUCAGCCGGCCCGGCCCGGGCCCCCAACUGCCGCGCGCCCUGGAGCGCGCUCGGGCGGGCGCGAAGAUGCAACGGGACAUCGACCGCGAGGCUCACAGGCAGGCGGCGCUGGCGAGCCCCGAGGCUCCGCCGCCCGGCGCCCGGCGGCGGCCACAGCCGCUGGACGAACUCAAGCGCUUCUUUGAGGCUGCAGCGGAGGACGGCGGGGGCUUGCAGCGGCGGCCGGAGGCGGGAGGCCGGCUACACCCCGCCGUUCAGGACGGCUGCCCGGUGCUGGGGCAGUCGCCGCCGCUUGUUUCCCUGUCACUGCUGGAGCAGGAGGUGCGCCAGGUGCGCGAGCGCGAGCGGGAGCUGCAGUUGCAGCGGCGCAGCAUCUACGGGGCCGCUGAGGUCGAGGAGCCAGCGCCGAGCCUCACCCCGAGCAGGGGAGACGGAAAGUUGGCGGUGAUCUGGCCCCCGCGGAGACGGGCCUCGGAGAACGGCCUGGAGAAGUAGGAGCGCAGACCCUGAGGGCUGCGAAGGCUGGGACACUCGUCCAGAAGUGACAAACCCUUUAAAGAACCAGGGUAGAGUUACCCUCCGGAUCAGCAGAAGGCCUGGAGAGGGAGGAGCCAGCUCUCUUCAAUGGCAACUUGAAAUCCUGCCCAUCCUUGAUACUGACUAUGGAAUUAACCACCUUUCUCCAUUAAAAUUGUUUAGUCUUCACUGGAAAACUAACAACCACCCGCAAAACCUGUGAGUGAAACACAAAAUAAAGCCCCCCCCCCCCCACUUCCUGGGCUUUAUUGCAAGCUCUUUUCUACCGGAACCUCUUUAGUCUGGGUGGAGCGGGAGCUGGGCGGGUGAAGGACUCCCAGGAAAGCCACCAGAGGAUCGCAUCGGAAUGUUGGAAUUCGAAAUGCGCUCUAGUCUCUGUUCCCGGCUGCCUGCUAACCCGGGACUGGAGGCCGGGGCCCUACUGCCCCCUGGUGGUGAGAGUGCAAAAUGUUGCGCACCGGCCCAUAGACUCCACUUUGGGUCUCCAGAUCUCAGCUUUUAUUGGCGCCAAAGGCGUCCUGUGCUCAGGGCGCUGCUAGGAAGAGGUGCUGUGCAAUUGUCCCUGCUCUAGGGAAAUAAACAAUAGUGAAAAAUACCAGUGGUGGGCUGGGAAGACGAUUCAGGGUAGAGAGUGCUUGCUUUGUAAAUAACCUGAGUUCAGUUCCCAGCAUCCAUAUGAGAGGUCCAUAACUACUUGUAACUCCAGCUCCAGGGGAUCAGUCAUCCUCUUCUGG